AUGGAAUUGCCAACUUUUUGCCAAACAGCUUCUGCAGAUGAUGUCGCCAGACUUCAGGAUAACCUCUUUAAAGACUACAGGAAAAGUAUACGUCCUGUCAAUAAUCAACAUGAUGCUGUUCAAGUCAACAUAUCAUUCUUUAUUAUAAUGAUACAUGAUUUGGAUCUAAAAAAUCAAGUCUUGUCAUCCAAUACGUGGCUGAGAAUCGCAUGGAAAGACCAAUUCUUGCACUGGAAUAAAAGUCAAUACAAUAACCUGACGGAAAUACUUGUCUCACGUAAUGACGUCUGGACACCUGAUUUACUCGUAGAAAAUACGGCUUAUGGAUACAGGGAAUUGGGUAUUGAUGGAAUGUAUAUCAACCUUGAUUAUACAGGUCUCAUGAUCUGGGAGCCAGGAGUUGUGAUGCAAACGAUAUGCGAGGUUGAUAUAGCAAAAUAUCCCUUUGAUCACCAGUUCUGUGGAAUACGUGUCAUGUCAUGGAUGCACACGAACAGAUCAUUGAACGUUGUUGUUGAAAGAAAUACUGUUGAUGUAACGAAUUAUUACCCCAAUGGAGAGUGGGACUUAGCCUCUACUUCUGUUUCAGCAUUUUCACCUGAUGACGGCUCGUACAAUCAUGGGGAAAUUCUUCCUGGAGCUGAAGCUGUAUUGCGAUUGCGUAGAAGGCCGGUUUACUAUAUCAUAUCCACUAUACUUCCAAUAUCAAUGUUGUCCUUGUUAAAUGUGUUAGUGUUUCUACUACCGACAAGCACGGGUGAGAAAAUGACAUUAGCUGUAACAGUAUUACUGUCCUUCACUGUUUUUAUGAGUGUUGUUAAUGAGGUGAUGCCAAAGACAUCUAAUAGUGUUUCCAUACUCGCUGUCUACCUUACCAUGUUAUUGUCACUAAGCGGACUUUCUGUUGCAUCAACUGUACUUGUCUUGUAUUUUCAUCAUCGGAAUAGAAGUCGAGGAAAUCGAUAUCCAGAUCGCACGAAUGAAAUUCAUACUUCUAGGCUUUAUCGUAUCAAUCGACCAGAAAAUAAUAACCGCAAUAAAAGUUUAAGCAAGAAUGGAAUAAAACCUUCCACUGAAAGACUUCUUGAUGACUAUAUGGAUAUAGCUGACUCCUCUGAAAACUUCAGUGUAGAGGAAAAAGAUUCAUGUUGUAAAUCUCUAAGGAAGAAAUUUAAAAGACGUACUCAUUCCUGUCAAUGUCACACGUCUAGUAGUACCUUUGCCGACCGAUUAGAUCGAACCAUGUUCAUAGUUGUAACUAUUCUAACUGUUUUAUCUACAGCAAUAGCGAUGAUACUACUAGUUUACUGGUAG